CCUGCAUGCUUCUUGAGUUGGCAAACGUCCUCCCCAAAACACCCUUCCGACGUCCUUCCUCCCUCACCGAUCUGGCAGGCGUGUUUACAUCGCCGAUCAUCCCCUUCAGCGCUCACCCUCUCAUUGCAUCCCAUAUGCAUCACCCGCUGCGUCAUCGCACCUGCUCACCUUCUUUGCAGAAAGCCCCGACAUACUUACCACAUGACAGCAGCACUAUGAUAUACACGUCUUUAGUGCAUUGCCCGUGGGUGGCCGGUACUUUUAUUACCAUGUAUGCCACCCAAGGAUGCAAUGGCACCUAGGAGCGGUGCUUGUACGGCCCAUAGCGGUUCACAAUGUUAGGAACGUUAAAAGGCGUGAGUAGAUUACGUCCGCAGGAUAUAGUCAUAAGUUCCGAAGUAGCCACUAGUCGACCCAUCAAGGUACCCAUCCAACCUCGAACGUAGCGAGAACAUCGUUCACAAUCAUGUCGACUGCAGAGGACAAGGAGUGCCUUAUGGCAUUUCUGGAGAAUGUAUUAGAUGUCAGUCCAGAGCUUAGGCAGUUAGCGCUACAUCAGGAGUGGGACGCUUUCGCGAGGCACGUAUCAACAACGCUGGGUGUGGAAACGCGACUUCUGAAAGAAGUUAUCCGGGAGGAGAGCGAGUACUUGUUAGACGUGGCGUCGAAUGCUGAAGCCGUGUUCGAGCCGGUGGUACCGGAGUCGGAGGCAAGCGAUCGAAGCGAAGGCGACGGUAACGAGGAUGUGACGACGGACGUUGCGGAAGUUCAGCAGCCAACCGCGGGCGCCGUGAGCGGGUUGUAUGAAGGCCGCAGCGAUACGAGCGUCCACAGCCGGCAUGAGGAGCGCCGUGUGCAGAAGACAGCUGAGCGUGAGGCUGACCGGGAAGAACGCCACCAGCAGCAGGAGGAGGUGCAUGGAAAAGAGGCAAGCAAGCGCUAUAGGAUUCAGCGGCGCCAUGUUAUGAAUCCUGCACGUGAGGAAGCUCAGCCUAUUGAGAGCCGCCGUGCUGUUGACGACGUGCUGGAGAUGCUCGGAUUGGCGAUGGACGAUGGAGUUGAGCAGCGCCUAACCAAGGAGGCACGCCAGACAGAUGAGGAG